UUGGUGGGUCACUUGGUUCUGUUCAGUUACCUCUCAGGACUUGCCAAAGACAGUGAACAGAAUUCAUGUCCUUUUGCUCCAGUAUCACAGGCCCCUAGCAUUUCAUCUCAGUAUGGCUGGAUUGGGCGGUGGAGCCGCUCCAGGAAGGGAACAGUUGGAGUCAUGACCAUAGGAGAAGCCCCAACCCGGAUCACUUUCAAGAUCAAAGAAAGGAGCACAGAUCCUGAGAACGAAGUGACCCUGCGGCUGUACGGGCAAGAACACAGGGUCUACACCCACCACAUCCUGUGCUCUGGCACAGACCAGCUCCGCCAGAGGCUGCUGUUGAAAGCCAUACAGGACCACGGCUAUGUGAGAGAUGUGUCUAAUCCCUGCUGGCCUCUCUCCUAUCCCCGGGCGGUUCGGUUCGGUUCUGUGCAUGACGGGCCCUGCACUGGAAGUAACGCCUCUUUAAGAACACCUACCUCUGAAGAUGUGUUUCAAGUAACUGGCUCCAGCAACUCUUCUGCCUGCAGGAAACUCAUGGGAAGUUUGUUCGACGACUCCUUGUUCUGCGGCUUCUCACAGUGUUCCCUAAAUGGAGUUUUCCAGCCCAACAUAACUAGAUUUCAGGUGAUUUCCGAGGCUCUGGAUCUUGUGAAGAAGAUGACGCCCUCUACCGACCUGGGCCAGGCAGUCGACUCAUUCUGUGGGCUGUCUAUGGAAGAGCUGAGCAAGAGGUUUCAGAUGACACCAGACAGUCUUGCUGAUCACUGUUCCGUAUCCACGUUCAUCUACUAUCUAAGUACAAGGGGAUUCCUGUUUGAUUUGGACAGCUCUGGCCAGAUUACAUUCCAGGAGAAGGUUGGUAACCUAUCAGCUGGCUGGGCUCUUGGGUACAUGCUGAAUCUGACCAACACCAUCCCAGAGGAUAAGCUGAGCUCCCUGAAAGCGAUUGAAUAUGGGAUCUGGCCCUUGCUCUUUAUCCUCUUUGUCCUGAUGCUCACUGGCUCUUUCACACGCAUCGCAUACCGUGUGAUGGCUAAGGACAACGGAGAGGACCGCAUCUUGGAAGGACUCUGACUGUUGUCCCAGGGGUUGUCAGCUCUCAGCAGAGGGCAAUUACAGGACUGAGAGAAUGAGCGCGCACAAAGGAGUGUCUGGCCUAGGAGACGCUGCAGAGCUGUUGCAUAGGUGUCAGGAAAAGCUCUUUAGUGUUUAAUUUUUUUCAUCCAACCACUUCUCCAAGAGGCAAACAGCCAGAUGGGGUUUCCAGAGUUCAGUACGGCGUUGAGCCUCCCCACCAAGCCAGACAGGCUGUAAACAUGUCGCUUACACUGAUGCCAUAGAAAGUGCCUGGUAACUAGCCCUGAAUGCCGGGUACAUGCUGGUAGUUGUUUUCUGUGGCGCUCAGAAGGCAGAUCCCAGUGGAAGAGAUUCGGAUUUCAGUUACCCCAGAGUACCUCUAGGAGGAUCUCCCUGGCUGUCAGUUACUCUGGAUUUGCAUCUUGGUGGCUGAUAGCAGAAUCAAUUGGAAAUCUUCUGGCCUUGAGCUCUUUUGAAACUCUGGCCCACAGAGACCACAACCAGUAGCUUUUACAGGAAAAAUGGCUUUCCGAACAAGCCUCAGAGCAACACGGCACACGAAUACAACUGUCAUCACAAUGGAGCCAGGCCAUUCCUGUCAAUGCUAGAAGGGCAGAGUGAAAAUAGGAUCAGACUGUGAAGAAUUUGUUGUAAAAGGUGCGGUUCCUGCCCAGAAGAACAGACUCUAUAUCCACUGAUUGGGAAUUGAAUGUCCUUAAAAUUCAGCUGUAAUGUAACUGCCAGUUCACUGUCUUGUUCCACUUAUGAAGGUAGCUUUCCAACCCCGGUAGUAAUUACCUGAUUGUUUCAGCAUCUUAGUUUUAACAAAGAAAAUAUCCAUGCUCGUUUUCCUGCCAGCCUCAUUCUUCCUUAUGAGUGGUAAUCUUCAAAAGUGUAUGAUCUCUUUUUCUGGCUUUGGUGGUGGUAUGAUGUGUAUUGGGGUAGCACCUGGAGGUUCCAAUCAAUAUCAGGGCCUCACUGUGCUAGCACUGUGAAAACACAGUCAGCCCAUCCCAAAGUUCUUGCAAUCUAAGUACACAAGAGAGACAAAGGAUGGGAGGGGAAACUGAGGCACAGAAGGUGAUGUGACUUGCCCCAAAUCAUGCAUCCAGUCAGUGGCAGAGCCAGGAAUAGAAGCCAGAUCUUCCGAUUUCCAGUCCAAUGACCUAUCUGUUAGACCAGGAUUAAAGUUAAGCAGUUAGUUUAUAUUCCAACAUCCAAAUUUCCUUUGGAGCAUUGCAGUGAUACCUGAGCACUUCUAGUGUGGUAUGCUAGUCCAGCAUUCCUGGAACAUGGUGCUUCUGGUGAUAUCACAUCACAUCACUAGCCAAUCAUUGUCUCUGCUGUUUUACCAUCAUUCUUGGUACUAACCCUUCGUACGCUGAUAUCAAUCCUAGGAUGAGACGGUGGUUCCCUAGGUCAGUGGUUCUCAAGCAGGGGUACGCAGAGGUCUUCCGGGGAUACAUCAACUCAUCUAGAUAUUUGCCUAGUUUUACAACAGGCUAUGUGAAAAGCACUAGCGAAGUCAGUGCUAACUAAAAUGUCAUACAACGACGUGUUUAUACUGCUCUACAUGCUGUACACGGCAAUGUAAUACAAUAUUUAUAUUCCAGUUGAUUGAUUUUAUAAUUCUAUGGUAAAAAUGAGUUACUGAAAAUUGCUAACAGUCUGACUGUGACACUUUUUGUAUUUUUAUGUCUGAGUUUGUAAGCAAGGAGUUUUUAAGUGAGGUGAAACUUGGGGGUCGGCAAGACAAAUCAGCCGUCUGGAAAGGUUGAGAGCCCCUGCCCUCGGUAAAGGCAUGGGUAUUUUCAAACUCUUGUAAAAGAGCCCAGUGCUAUUGAAGUUGCUUUCAAAGAAAUGGAAAGGAUUAAAUAAAAUGAAAUAUAAUCCGUCAGCUAAAGAAUUUAGGGUGUGAUUUUCCCCCCCCCCCCCAAGAAUGACUUGGCCAGAUUCUUACGGGUAUUUAGGUGCCUGGGAGUUAGGUGUCUGAAUAAAUUUAAGUCAGGCCCUGAGUAACGUAGGAAAACAAGCUCCAGAAGUUAAAUGCAUUUGUGCUUCUAUAUCACUCCGGGUACGUCCACACUGCAAUAAAAAGCCCCGACACCGAGUCUCCGAGCCAGGGUCAGCUCUCACGGGCUCAUGGAGCUCAGCGUGCAGGGCUAAAAAUCAGUGUCGAUGUUGCACUUGGCCUCGAACCUGAGCUCUGAGUCUCUCCCUCCUCACAGGGUUUCAGAUCCCAGGCUCCAGCGCAACCCUGAACAUCUACACUGCAAAUUUUAGCCCCACAGCCCGACCCCGUGAGCCCAAGUCAGCUGAUCUGGGCCAGCCCCGACUGUGCUGAAGGUCUUUUUUUUUGCAGUGUAAAUGUACCCCUUGGGUAACAGCAUCUUUUUAAAAAAAUAUGUGACAUAAGAGCCUAAGCCCCAUUUUCUAAAGGGAUAUAGGUACUUAGGAGGCUAGAGCCCAUUGACUUUUGAAAACGGGCCUUAGGCUCCUCAGAUGCUUUUGAAAAAUCCCCCCCACAAUGUUGUUCAUAACUGUACGUUACAGCAAGGCAGCUCCAACAGUUCUGGGGCCGCUCAUGCUGGUCUGAAGCCCACAGGUGGAGCGUGGGGGAGGGCAGGCCUGGGGGCACAGUGAAAGCUGAAGUAGGAACCUUCAGUUUGCUUCUUGUGUGUGUGUGUUUGAGCUGCACGUCUUAGUAUAACUUUAAUAAGUGGUUCUAAUGGGCAAUCUGUGCUAGUCUCAACCAGGCCUCGUCAACAAGAAGAGACCUGUGUAGCUCAGAAGCUUGUCCCUUUCACUAACCGAUG